AAACUUGUUCAAAAAUAAAGUCUAAAAUCAACGUUUUUCUUAAAGCAAACAUGAAGGUGGCUAUUCUUGUCUUGGCCUUGGUUGCCCUCACAGCCAGUGUGGCUUACGCUGCUCCAAGCAACAAUGAGAAUGCUGAAAUUGAAAGAUUUGAGGCUCUUCUCGAGAAGAUUCUACAAAAAGAGAUGGUUGAGCAACAGUCAGAAUUAAGGGAUGAUAUGGAUUUAGCUAACGAGCAAGUAGAUGAACCAAGUGGACCCGAUCCACCUCAACAAGAUGAAGAUGUUGAAAUUGAAAGUAGCAAAAUCGACACUCUUAUCCAGAAACUCUUGAAAAAAAAGUCAGCUAAAGAGGAACAUUUCAAUGAUGAGAAUAUGGCCCAAGAGCAAGAUUUUGAUGAAGAAGCUUCAGAAGAAGAAAACUUUGACGAGGACUUAGCAGAUGAACAAGAUGAGAACAUGACCCAAGAGCAAGAUUUUGAUGAAGAGGCUUCAGAAGAACACUUUGAUGAACAAGAUGAGAACAUGGCUCAAGAGCAAGAUUUUGAUGAACAAGCAGAAGAAGAAGAAAACUUUGAUGAGGACUUAGCAGAUGAACAAGAUGAGAAUAUGGCCCAAGAGCAAGAUUUUGAUGAAGAAGCUUCAGAGCAAUAUGCUGAAGAUGAGCAAAGCGGACCUGACCCAUCAGAGGAGGCAGAAAUAGAGAGUGACAAAGAAAUUGAAGCUAUUAUCGAGGAAAUUAAUCGAAGGUUGACCAAACAGCAAGAACUUGAUGCCAAGCAGCUGGAUGAGGACAUAGCUCGAUCUCAACGUCUCGAAAAUGCUGCUUUAGAGGGAACACUCGAUGAUUUGGCCCAAGAACAAGAUGAGGGAAAAAGUGUUGCUGAAAUCGAGAAUGAAAAAAUCACUGCUCUAUUCGAAAAGCUUGCACAAAAAUUGGACGAAAAGGAGAAAGAAUUGGAAGAGAAAAUGGAAGCAUUAGCCCAAGAGCAGGAUUUGCAGGAAGACGUGGGAACAGAGCAAGAGGAGGCUAUGGAACAAGACCAUGAUGAGAAUGAACAGGCAUUCGAGGCAGAUAAAAAAGAAAUGGCUUUCAGUGAGGCUGAAGAAGACGAUGAUGCUGCCCUUCAAGAGCUCAUUGAUCAAAUGAGGGAAUCACUCGACAAUAAAUAGUAGAGUCUAUAAUAUAAAGAUAAAAACAAGAACAGAACAUACAUAGUCAGUAUCGAUGUGCUAGCAUUUUUAUAGUCUCAUGUACGUAUAAGCAUUGUAUAGAAGUUGGUCGAGUACAAAGUCUAAGAUAGGGAAAAUUUGA